AUGCAGCUCAAGAACAUCAUUCUCACCCCUUUGGUUGCCGCUACUGCCUCUGGUUUUCCCGCGGCGCAGUCCAACACUUUUGGCCUCGUUGCUAUCCACUCCGGGAGUGGUGUGCAAAACUCUGGCUUUAAUGCAGCCAAGAGCAGCAUUUUUACUGGAUUGCCUUCUCAGAAUGCUAGUUGUGCUCGCCCUAAGGAGCAAGACGCUACCUUCUACAUCAACGACGGCGCUCUGUACCUCUACGACCAGUCCGCUACUCCUCAGGAGAUCUUCGUUGACCGUUCCGGCAUGGGCCAAGGUAAGAUUGGCUACACUACCGGCGCUCAGCCUACCCCCAAGAACUCGGAACGCAAGGGCUGGGCCAUCAAGGAGGACCACAUUCAGUUUGCCGGAAACGACCUGAUUGCCUGUCCCAACAGCAUCGAUGGAGCCUGGAGCAUCUGGGCCUCUGCAGGUGUUGCAAACCCUGCUGGAAACAAGGACUGCGUUGGCAUCGCUGCUCGGGUUGAGAAGACUUCCAACCCCAAUGGCUGCCUCUACACUCAGUAG